AGUACGUACGCGGAAAUGACAAUAGUACGUACGCGCUUCCGGGACGUAAAGAUAAAGAUGGCGACGGCCGUCGGUUCAGGUAUUGUCGUUCCCCGCAGCUUUCGGCUGCUGGAGGAACUGGAAGAAGGUCAGAAGGGUGGUGGAGAUGGUACGGUGAGCUGGGGCCUUGCAGACGAUGACGACAUGAUGCUAACUCACUGGAACGGUAUGAUCAUCGGCCCUGCCAAGACUGUUUAUGAAGGCAGGAUAUACAGCCUGAAAAUAGACUGUGGGCCCAGAUACCCUGAACAUCCGCCUCAUGUCCGCUUUGUCAACAAAAUCAGCCUGACGGGUGUGAACAGUUCGACUGGUGUGGUGGACAUAAAGGCGGUGUCGUCGCUGUCUCGGUGGAAAAACUCCUACUACAUCAGGACGAUCCUGCAGGAGCUCAGACAGCACAUGAUGACGAAAGAGAACAACCGGCUCGCCCAGCCACCGGAAGGCCAGGUGUACAGCAACUGAAUCUCCUGCUACUAUCCACCCCACCCCCUCGCGCACACACACACUAACACGUGAAUAUACAAAGCAUCCCUCACACUUCAACCCACACAUUCAAACUACUCAUGUUAUCCAAGAUGUCUUCUUCCUCUUCAGAUGUCCAGUUCAUGGUGCAGACCAGGCAUAGCGAACCAAGAAAUGACGCAGUUUCCUUUAUUUUUUCUUUAAUGUUGUUCGUGUUGCACAUCCAGAUUGUAAAAUAACUAAUGACCGGGUAGAAUGUACUACUCGUGUGUGUUCUGGGAUCUUAUAAGUAUGUUGGUUUUUCUCCACAUCACAAACUUCUACAUGACAAUAUGCUGAAAACAAUCCUCUCUAAAACCAGAAAUCCCAACAGUUUCAGGCUUUGCUUGGUCUCCCGGACUGCGCUGAUGUCACCCCUCCCCCACAGCUUCCACAAUAUCCUGAUGAUGUGAAUUUCAGGGGCAUUUAUUAAAUAAAAGCAUGUCCUGUAAAAAGGAAUAAUCAGCAGUUAGAUGCAGUGCAUCUACUAGCACAUCUCUGCUGCUUUUUCUUUCUGUUUUCCAGACGUUUCUGUGCCAUAUGGUUCAUAGUGCUUUGUGAUGAUGAGUGCGAGGAAGAGGAGAAGGGGUUGGGUGCUGCAGGUGCUUCUCUGCUAGGAACAAUUUGAGUCCUUGGCACCUUUUCAGGACCACUGUUGUAUGCCAGUCUGUGUGGUACAGGAGGAGUUGUGAUCUUUUUCUUUACUGUUUUUGGUGUCUUGUUUUAGUUUCUUUGGUCUCUGUGUGUAAACGUUGGCUUUGGAUGUUUAUUUUAUAACGGGUUGAAUCUUUUCAGGGUGAUGGUGACCUGUGGCAUGAUAUUAUUUGUAAUAAACGUUAUUACUUUUGCACGAAA